GCUCUGGAGCGGAGUUGUGCCAGUGCGCGGCGGUGUGUGUAUGUGUGUGUAUGCGUGUGCGUGUGUGUGAGACGCAGCUCCGUUCCUCGCGCUUUUAAUUCCUAAUCACAGUCAUUGUUUACUAACAUCAGCCGCUACAAUUGUUUCAUUUCUGUUUCUUUGUUUCCGAAAGCUCUUUGAUCUGAGAGAGAGAAAGAGAGAGCGCGCGCGUGAGGGAGCGCGUGAAAGAGAGCGAGAGAGAGAGUGGAGCGCGCGCGCGGGUGAUGUCGCGGCUCGGCAUGUCGGGGCUCGCGUGCGGCGCAUCCCGGGAUACACUCCUUCAUCAUCCUCCUCUUUCUGCUCUUCAUCAUCCCUCUCUUCCUCUUAAACAGGAAUAAACAUCUCGGUAUAUAAACAGGACAGAAAGAGAAAACUUUGCGGAUUUAUUGCACCCCGGAUCCUGAUGAUGAUGAUGAUGAUGAUGGUGUUCUGGGUGAUGAAGGGUCCGCGCGCGCUGGAGGCUGCUCGGGAUUUGUAACAUUUAUUUUCGGUUCUUUUGGGGAUUUAAACAGAUUGUCGUUGGUCUCGGGUUCGGCUCGCGCUUCCAUCAUGCGUCUGUAUCUGUGGGGCUUCCUGCUCCUGUUAGACGACCUGUCCAUCUCCGUGUCCUCCUCGUCCUCCUCCUCAUCCCCCUCUCCGGACUUCGUGGACUGCGUGCGGGCGAGCGAGGUGUGUAACCUGAGUCCUCAGUGCAGCUCUCGUUAUCGCAUCAUGAGACAGUGCCUGGUGGGAAAGGACUGGAACUCCAUGUUGGCCAAUAAGGAGUGCCAGGCGGCGCUGGAGGUCCUGCAGGAGACGCCGCUGGUGGAGUGCCGCUGUAAGCGAGGGAUGAAGAGGGAGCUGCAGUGCCUGCAGAACUACUGGAGCAUCCACAUGGGCCUCAGUGAGGGUGAAGAUUUCUACGAAGCAUCUCCGUAUGAGCCUCUGCCUCCUGUCCGUCACUCUGACGCCUUCCGUCUGGCCUCCAUCAUCUCUGGUAUGAACACCGGUACAGGUAAAGCUCAGUCUCAUUGCUCUGAUCCUGGUCGUACCUGUAACCAGUGUCUGGAUGCCACGAAAGCGUGCAACCUGAACGAUAACUGCAAGCGUCAGCGCUCCAACUACAUCACCACGUGCACACGCAGCGAAUGCAACAGGAAGCGCUGUCACAAGGCGCUGCGUCAGUUCCUGGAGCGGGUGGAGUCGCAGUACAGCUUCGGCCUGCUCUUCUGCUCCUGCCAAGACCAGGGCUGUGCCGAGAGGAGACGCCAGACCAUCGUCCCCACCUGUGCGUUUGAGGACAAGCUGAAACCAAACUGCCUGCAGCUGCGCAAGACCUGUCGCACCGACCCCUUCUGCAGGUCCAGACUGGCGGAUUUCCAUACACACUGUCAGAUGAGUGAUGACACCAUCAGCACCUGUCCUAAUGACGACUACCAGGCCUGUCUGACGGCAUACACCGGCCUCAUCGGGACGGACAUGACCCCCAACUACGAGGACGCUAAUCACACGGACUUCUCCAUCUCUCCAUGGUGUAGCUGCAAGAACAGCGGAAACCAGGAGGAGGAGUGUGAGAAGUUCCUGCGGGACUUCAGAGAAAACACCUGCCUGCGUAAUGCCAUUCAGGCGUUUGGGACGGACAUCCCCAAGACUACAGAAUCAACAAACCCAGAGGUCCCUCGCACCAACCCUACUGCACACCCAAACAUCACCAAAUCUGAAUAUGACGAAAAUGACAUAAAGUGCAGCAACUCCAAAGGCUUCAUCUGUGAAGACGUCGAGGAAAUUAUCCCUGAGGAGAACCCUGCGUGGAACUCAAACUGGGGUGCUGGACUGAAGCUCUGCACUGAGGCCUGGAUGCUUCUGCUGCUUGUCGCUUUGGGAAACAUUGCCCUUUGAACUUCAACUCUACCUGAGGUCUUAACCAUGAGGGGAUUUACCGGACCCUCGACCAGAAUCCCGAAUCACUUCGCUUGUCUGUCCGUCCUUUCUAUACUGCAACUUUAUUUCUUACCAAAAAAAGGAUAAAUAAAAGAAAAUGGUAAUAUAUCCAUCUGAGACGAGUGCAGAACAGAACAAUAAGAGGAAGGUCACUUAAAGAGGACGCUUACAAUGAUGACGUUGUCUCGAUUUGAAAUGGGAUGAACUGAUUAUCAAGUCUCCCUUGAUUUUAUUUUUGGUAAAUCUGUACAGUGUUGUGUCUUGACCCUACCGUUGGACCAAACUGGGGGAUUAUCAACCCUCUAACGUUGUACAGAAAAAUUAGAUCUUAUUCUGUCAUUCCUCUCUGGAAACCACCCUAAGGACAAAGACACCCUUUCUACCCAUUUCUAACUUUGGAUUAACAUUGAGAAACGUCACGCUCCCAUGCUACAUGUCACACAUCCAUUCCAUGGAUGAAGAAAAAACAGCUUUAUCUUACCCAUAAAAACCCAUCUUUGAGGAACACAGGGUGCUGUCAUGCCUUUAGACCUGGAAAAAUAAAGGACCCUGAGACCACCAUUUUUGAGGAACACGUUUUCAUCAUUGAUUCUCCUCUAUCCUUAUCCUAAUCACACCAUCCUUAGCAAAAAGUGCUUAAUUGAAAAAAAAUUACCUUUGCUCCUUCAUUCAUCCUAGAGUCCACAUCUUUAAGAUGCAAAACCACCAUUCUUGGACUAACAAGCCCAAGAAUGAACAUGGGAACCUGGGCACCACCAUCUUUGGAAAAAACAGGGUUGGAUCAGAGUUUUAGGAACUCCUUUUCAAUAAUAUGAUUUAUAAUAUAAUUCUCACCAUUAUGAGAAAAAAUAUAGUUAUUUUUUGAUCCAAAAGCAAACAUAUUUGUGGAACCCAUGCCCAUUAUUGUUAUGUACCCAUAUCUCACCCCUUGAUCUCACCUUCUAUAUAAACAUCCUCAUAAUGCAUCAACACCUCUUUUUUGAGUAGCAUGGGGUUAUGAUUUAGUUAUGAUAGAUCAGUUAUGAUUUUAUACCCAGGUUUAUUAUUUGGAUUAAAAAGGAAUCUGUCCUGACCUUAAAAACAUCUUUAAAAACCCAUCAUGGUCUGGAACACAUUGCAUUUCAAAAUGACCUUAAGCUAUUCCAUCCUGAACAUCACCAUAUUGUGUGGAAUACAUGGGUCUAUCUCCUGACCCUAAAAGUCACCAUCUUUGAGGAAGACAUUUGCUUCCACCAUGGGGUUACAAAAUGCUAUAUAGCACUUUUUCCCAUCCUGGACACCAACAUAUUUGAGAGCCACAUGGGGCUGUGACCCCUUCAACUGAAUGUCUUUGAGGGAAAAUGGAGUCGUCCCAUGAUAUCGACUUCAUCAUUUUUGCAGAAACUGGCAGACUUGCUUUUAGAGCAUCUUGCAGAGACAUUGCGUGUACUCUCACCCUGGAUUCCUAAGCUCCUUGGCAUGUUCUUACGACCUCAGAACUGUUUCAUCAAGUUCCAUCAAGCAGUAAAACCCAGUAAUCUAUUUGUACUCGCAAUGUUCUGUUCUUCUUCUGCUUCGCAUAUUGCUGUUCCCUUUUUCUGAGAAGUGCUUUUAGAUUUUUUUUUCCUUGGAUUUUUUUUCUUUUCUUUUCUGUCACUUGCUUUUUGUCAGUCGGGAGUAAUUACUUUCAUCGCUGUGUUUUUUUCCCCAUGUGAAGUGUUUGAAGUAUAAAUCCGUAUCCUGUCAACACGAUGUAAGAGCAUGUCAGCGCUGACGGCUCUCUCAGUCGCGUUAUGUGCUUUCAUGACAGAUCCGACUCAAGGAGAAGAAAAGAAAAGAAAGAUGAAAAAAAGUACUAACUAAUCGAGCGGAGUGACCACUCAAAGACAGUUGGUCCAGUUUGAAAAGGCAAUGCUAAUGGCUCGCCCAUGUGCAUAAUUUUUUCCUUCUUUCUUUAAAAAAUUGUACAUAAUUAUAACGUGAAAGUCUUUAAGUCAAGAACAAUGAUUGCGGUGAACAUUGUUAUUAUUAUAAUUCUUAUACUGAGGUGAUUAUAGGGAACAGAAAGGAGGGUAUAGGAUAUUGAGCGCUGCAUGUUCGGACCGGAUUCGACUUCUGAAGAGUUGACGCAAGAAGAGGAAGUACACAAUUCGGACACAAUUUCUGAUUAUUAUCACAAUAUUCCUGCACCAAAGGACGUGAAGCCUGAGACGGCGUCACGCAUCAUUGUACUUUUGCCUGCUGAAGAUGUUGUCGUGAGUUGAAAUGAUUUCAUGUAUCGUGGAACAAAAGCUUGCGCAAAAACGUGACCAGGAAACGCAAUUCUGACUGCGCAAGCUACAAACUACGUGAACUGCUUUCGUGUCAUGUCAUAUAACGUUUCUACAAACAGAAAUAACCUUGUUGUGUUUAUCCAGUUAUGUGCAAUCUAUUACGUGGCCUUAUUUUUUUGUCAUAUUUCACGUUCGAUGGACUCGACCCAGAUACGCAAAAGGAUGCUGGGUAACGAUAAAGAAUAAAGGCAGAUUGUAUGCAUAACGAAAGCAAGUGAAGCAAUUAAUGUUUGUGUAAAUAUCAAUAUUCGAAAAAAAAAGUGUUAAAAAAUGCAGAAUUGCAGAUUACCAAAAGGGUUCAUUUCGAUGUCUCAUGCAUAUGUACGUGUUUAAUUGAUGUAAGCUAAUGCUCCAUUCGACAGCACCGAGUCGAGACAGAACGUUUCGCAGAAAGCUUCGUGAAUUCCGUUGCCAUGGCGAUGGAGCGAGUGAGAUAUACAGCUUGCUUUGCAGAUACGCUGAAAGUAUAUUGAAUAGAACAAAAUGUCCUUUUUUCACCUUAUUAAAGUGAUCACUCCUUUAUA